ACGAGAGCAGAGAUCAAAGAGAAAGAGAAGGAUUUUCACAUCACAGCAAGAUAUCCAACGUGCCAUUUGUUUGCGUGGACCAAAUAAAACGCUAUUUUUCUCAAACUUAAUUCCGUUUUCAGUUGGUAAAACAGAGUUAAUAAAAUUCCAAAAUCUUCAGAAGUGUAAUUCACUUGGAAACCGGUGUUUUUUCUGAAUUUCUGCAAUCAAUUGUAAUUAACGAAGUUAAAAAGUGAUCAAAAAAUAUGACAAUAUCAGCGUUAAAGUCAAAGGAAGAAUUUGAUAAAUUCAUCAAAGAUGAGAAAUUGUUGGUCAUUCAUUUCUAUGCUCCAUGGGCUGAUCAAUGUACUCAAAUAAAUAGUCUUUUAGUUCAUUUGGCAAAGUCAGAUAACCACAAAGAUGCUAAAUAUGCUACAAUCGAAGCUGAAGAAAUUCCUGAAGUUUCAUUAAAAUAUAAAGUCAGUGCAGUACCAACAAUUAUUUUGAUAAAAAAUUCCAAAGUUGUGGAUCGAGUUGAUGGAGUUAAUCCAGGAGAAUUAGGAGAUAAAAUUGCAAAACAUUUAAAAAAUGAAUCUUGUGGAUCAUCUUCUGAAAAUUCAGAAAUUAAAUUAGAAGAGAGGCUCAAAAAAUUAAUAAACCAAGCACCUUGCAUGUUAUUUAUGAAGGGAAAUCCAACGACACCGAAAUGCGGGUUUUCUAGAACAAUCGUUGGCAUUUUAGAUUCUCUUAAUGCAGAUUAUCAAACUUUUGAUAUUCUUGAAGAUAAUGCUGUAAGAGAAGGUUUAAAGAAAUUUAGUAAUUGGCCAACUUAUCCACAAUUAUAUAUAAAUGGUGAAUUAAUUGGUGGUUUGGAUAUUGUAAAAGAAAUGAACAAGACUGGUGAGCUCAGUGGCCAGCUUCCGAAAAAAUCUUAAAUCUGAAUUAAGCCAGUCAAUCAACUGUCCAAGCUUGUAUAUAAGUUAUUUCAAUUCAGACAACUAAUUUAAUGUAAUUAUUUCAAAACUACUAUUGUAAUUCGAUUGAUUAUCAUUUAUAUGGGAUUUACAACAAGAAAAAUGAAACCUCUCUUACAACUAUUGAAAAAAAAGGUGAUUGAUGAUAGAAUAAUAAUAAUAUAAUGAAUGGUAUGUAAGGUUUAUUUACAUAAGCUUAAAAUUACAAAGUCUAUAUGUAAACUAAACGUACAUAUUAAAAUAAAUUAUUCAAUUUUUUCA